AAGAAAAGAUAGUAAAAGAAAAAGAGAAAGCGCUAACUUUCUUUUUCCUUUAUUCCUCAAAAGUCCCAAACCUUUCCUGUGACUGCCCAACUGCUCGGAGAAUGGAGACGCAUCUCUGAGACCGAGAAAAAGAGAUUUGUAGUUGCGGGCUUAGAAGUUUUAUUUCUUUGUGGAGUUAGUGUGAAGAAUAGUUUUAUGAGGAAAUGGGAUCAGCCAGCAUCUCCAAUUCCAGCUUAGAACAUGAUAAUUGUGACAACAGUGACACCCAGGUGGUUUUAAAUGUUUACGAUCUCACCCCUGUCAAUAAUUAUACCUAUUGGUUUGGUUUCGGGAUUUUUCACUCCGGCAUUGAAGUUCAUGGUAAGGAGUAUGGUUUUGGAGCACAUGAUUUCCCAGUUAGCGGAGUUUUUGAAGUAGAACCAAGGAGCUGCCCUGGAUUUAUUUACCGAUCUUCCAUCCCAUUGGGACGCUUAAAUAUGCCUUCCUCUGAAUUCCGGACGUUUAUUGAGUCUGCAGCUUCUGAGUACCAUGGAGAUACUUAUAAUCUCAUUUCCAAGAAUUGCAACCAUUUUACUGAUGAAAUCGCAUGGAGAUUGACAGGCAAACAUAUCCCUGGGUGGGUAAAUCGGCUGGCCCGGAUAGGUGCUUUGUGCGGUUGUCUUCUUCCUGAAAGCCUUCAAGCUACUUCUGUUAAGCAGCUACCUGAGUACCACGAGUGUACGGAAGAUGGUACUGAAUCACUGUCAACAGCCACUCCUCGUGAGUCAAUUGAAAUUGAUGAUGAUGGAGAGAAACUCUUGUUGUCACCACCAGCUGGCAGUGGGGAAGUGGCUUUUGUUAAAGAAAGGGAGAAGUGAACUGUGGUUGCUUUCAAG